AUCCUUUCGGCGCACGUUUCGUAUAAAUACACACGCGUGAGAGGAGGGAAAGGAAGAAAGAGAAGAGACGGUGGAGAAAAAGAGAAGCGGUUGUUUGUUCCUCAGCUCAAGACAGGAAGAUCAGGCGAGCCGAUGACGACGAAGGCAGCACUUCACCUGCGCACCAGUGGGGAGGAGGCAGGCCAGGCGCACUUCAGGCUGAAGACCGUGAUGAAGAACAACAGCGAGUGGCUGGCGUCUGACACCUUUGAGAUGAGUCCUGGCCUUACCCCCUGUGAGGUGUACGACCCUGUGACAUAUGUACUAGUGCCAGUGGUCUAUGCCCUGGUUUUUGUUCUGGGGUUGCUGGGCAACAUCACGGCACUGGUGGUGUUCUGUAGAAAUGGGAAACGGCUAAAGAAAGCUGUGCGCAUCUUCCUGAUCAACCUGACGGCUGCCGACGUCAUGUUCAACAUCACCCUGCCGUUCUGGGUGUCGUACUACUCCAGGGGAGGGGACUGGCGUUUCGGGGACAUCAGCUGCAGACUGGCUGGUUCCCUCUACUAUGUGUCCACCUACUGUACCAUCUCCUUCAUGACUUUCAUCAGCGUCAAUCGCUACUGCAUCCUUAGGAAAAGCCAGCCCAAGAGGCCCAUUCUCCGGAAGAGAGGAGCAUCUCUGGUUUGUAUUCUCACAUGGGCCUUCUGGCUGGGCUGUGCUGUGCCCAGCCUGGUGACCAAACAAAGCUCCUCUGCUCAAGCUGGGAAGACCAAGUGCUUUGAGGCCUUCUCUGAGAGCACAGCCUACUCCCUGGCGGCCUGCAUUUUCUUCACUGGCUGCUUCAUUGUAGUCGCCACCUCCUGCCUCUCCAUCAUCAGGUCCCUGAGAGACCGUCAAACCACGCAUGGCGCCCACCGGCAGACGGCCAAAGCCAUGAUUCUGGCAAUGCUCCUGGUCUUCGUGGUGUGUGUGGCACCAUUUCAUAUCACCUUAAGCAUAUGGUCCCUGAAUCGGACGCCUGGGAAUCUCUGCGAGUUUCCAUCUACUCUGAACAUCUUGCACCGGCUCCACACUGCCCUCCUGAGUAUCAACAGCUGCAUCGACCCCUUCAUCUACUGCUUCUCUGUACGCAACUUCCGCCAGGAGCUGAGACAGCUGUGGCAGGGACUAGGGCGGGCUCUCCUGCCCUCCUCCUCAGCUUCCCAAGACAUUGCCAGCAGCUGCAAACCUCCUAAGGCCAGGCAGCGGUACGUGCUCCCUAGCAGAUCAGCCACCAGCAGCAGUAGUUGCUCUUAGAGCUGCUCUUCUCAACCUAUAGUCCCCAGGACUUCACAGGUCUGCUUAAAUAAACUAAGGGUGUCUCCAGAGAGGCCUAGAAAUGUUUCACCUGACCCCAAUGGCGUGUGCAAAUCUACUGUAUGUUCCAUAACCCACAGCUUUGGGCUUUAUUGCCACUUGUUAGCAUUAUAAAUAAAGAGCAUUACAUUACUAGAGGUUCACCUGGGCGCUAGUUUAAAUUGUUAAGCAAAACAUAGCAGUAUGUUACAAAAGCGAGGUUAAUUCGAGCAAGUACAGCUAUGGAUGUCAUAUCUUAAGACACUUGCAAGCUGUCUGGCUCCAGUCCCUCACAAACACUGUGCCACGUGGGCCAGCAAAGAUGGAGAAGGACUGCAACACUCUCUUCCGUUGCACAAGAAUCCCAGCUCAGGGGCUUCCCAAGCAGACGCCCAGAGGAGACACAGAGGAGGUGCUCUCACCUCCACAAUCUAUGCGAUGCCUAUUCUGGCACAAGUGCCACUUUUUAAACUGAUAUCUGCGAGGUACAGAUGCCAGGGUAGCAGAGUGGAGCCUGAACGAGUGUAAUUAUUUCUGCUUUGUUACAGAAUCAACCAUCAUGAAAGCACGUUGACUCAAGCUUCUGUGCUUUCUGUGGACUAAUUAAUAAAGCGUGGUGUAUUAUUUUUCAGCAAAUAAAGAAAAAGAGGUGAAGGUUUUUGCCCUUUAUGGUUGGUUGGAGUUCAACUGCAAAGCUUAAACUUUUAACUUUGGGCUGUGAUUUUACUGAUUCAAAAGGACAACCUGAACAUUUUCAUGAAUGAGUUCUUGUAAGUAGCAUGCCUGCAUCAUACUGUGUAGUGCACAAAAUCUUGUUAUACAUAUCUUACGUACAGUGUAUUAUAUCAUUUUUAUUUUUUAUUUUUUUUUAAAUAUAGACAGGAAAGCUAGCAAAAAGGGAGGAAAUAAAUAGUUUGGCUUUCAAAACUUUUUGAGCCAAUUCUGAACUCAAACACAUCCACAGCACAGUAAUUUUUGCUUCCAUAAGUGUAAAUAAAAUAUAACUUUCUAAAUAAAAUAGCUAAGGAAGCUGGCAAGUGAACACUGUUUAAUAACAGGAGCACAAUAUUAGAAUAUUUUAGUGUGAAGAAAAGCAGUAAAGAAAACAGAGUGAAGCAAUGGCCUGUUGUAAAAUAUGUAAACUCUUCUGCUUGUCAUUUUAAUGAAUAAAAAGUGUUGUUUAUAAAA